AUGCUGGGUACCAUGUUCCUGCUGCUGGCCUUGCUCCCAGGGACCUCCACCAGCGGGCUGCCUGGUACCCACUCCCACGCCUUCCCGCGCCGGGCGGGGCCGCUCGAGGUCCCGGCGGACAGCCGCGUGUUCGUGCAGGCGGCCUUGGCCCGUCCCUCCCCGCGCUGGGGCCUGGCUCUGCACCACUGCUCGGUAACACCAUCCUCGCGCCCGGCCCCAGGGCCCGCCCUGGAGCUGCUGAGCGGGAGCUGCCCGGCCGACUCCUCGGUCGCCUUCCCACCACUGUCGCCGCGUCCUGGUGCUGCCCGCUUUAGCUUCCGCCUGCGUCCCGUUUUCAACGCCUCUGUGCAGUUCCUGCACUGCCAGCUGAGCCGCUGCCGCCGCCGCCGCCUCCCGGGAGCUCACCGGAUUCCUGAGCCUCUGACGCUGCCACCGCCGUCGCCGUGUCUGCCUCAGGACGAGGCCUGCGCCAGCGCUGGCAGUAGCAGCGGCGAGAGUCCUGGUGCCGACAGCCUCCACCUGCACACGCUGACGCAGCCCAUCGUGGUCACGGUGCCGCGGCCGCCCCCCAGGCCUCCCAAGGGCGUUCCCGGCAGAGCCGUACGCCCCGAGCCUCCUGCGCCAGCUCCUGCGGCCCUGGAGCCUGCACCGGUGGUGGCACUGGUUGUGGCCGCCUUCGUACUGGGCGCUGCGCUGGCUGCCGGGCUGGGCCUCAUGUGCGCGCAGUCAGCGCCUCCACCGUCCGGCCCGCUCCCUAGAGCCUCGCCUAGCGGCCCCCAGCUCAGGAUGUCCCAGUGAGGCAAGUAAAUUUGUGUGUGUGUGUGUGUGUGUGUGUUUAGGUGUAAUGUGGGGGCCGACAGGAGAGCUGGAGGAGGGAGGGAGGUGAUAAUGAUUUCACAGCGCUUUUUCUAUGCUAGGCAGCGUUCUAAAUGUUUUACGUAUAUUAACUAAUUUAAUUCUCAUAAUAACUCUCCUGUAGAUACUAUUAUAAUCCCCACUUUAGAGAUGAGAAAAAUGAGUCACAAAAUUUGGUGGAGCUGGGAUUCAAACUCAGGCACUGUAGUGGACUGUGUGCUCUAUGUCAGACAGGCACUAGGCUAGGAUUCAGGAUUCAGAUGUAGCAUCUUCACGCCUGCGCAUGGAUAAGAGUGGCCAAUGAUCAGCUAGGAAGGAAACAGCCGGCGUAGUGCCCUCUUCCUAGCUCAGCCUCGGUCGCACCCUUCCAGGGAUGUUGCGCCACUAGCCCGGUUCAGAGACGCACCAGCCACGGCGUCAAGGCCAGGCUCUCAGGACUGGACCAGCUUCUUUCGACCUCGGACCCCAGGGGACCAUGAUCCCCGCGCCCCGCCUCCUUAACUUCUCCCACCUGGGCUCCAAAUAAACAUCUGGUCUGACCUGCUGAGUUCUGAAGUCUGCGUGUGCGCUGGGCUAGGGGGCGGGUCGGGGCUAGGGAAGCUGAGGCCUGGGACCAGGACUGCGAGGACUCCGGGCUGGAAGAGAUCCAGACUUGAGGGGUGGGUCUUGGGGGCGGGGCUCAUACGUGAGCAGAAAGGGGCCAGCGGAGGCCCAAGGGCGUUUUGUCCCAAACAAAAAGAGGCACCCAACCCCACCAAGUUAAGUUGUAAAUAAAGCCCGCUUUCUUCCUCCACCCCUGCAUCGAGCCACCUGCCUCCUGCGAUCUUCCCAAAUCCAGGCCUUCUCUGCUCUCCACUUCCACUGCGUGGAUCCUGCCCUCACUAGGGCCUCCUGCCUCUGCUCCAAACUCCUCUCUGUCUAGUCUAGAGCUCUUUAAAUCCCUCUUGCCUGAGCUCCUUCCUCCCCUGAGUGUAGACAAGAGCAAGAAGACCAGUUCCAUUUUACAGAUG